UAGCCGCAGGAAGAUGCUGGAAGCGGCGGGGCGCGCGCCGCAGAGGUGCUGAAGGGACAGUUCCCGCGGCAGAACUUGCCCCUGAGCGCGUGGGGCACAAAAGCGAUGGAGACUAUCUGGAUCUACCAGUUCCGCCUCAUCGUGAUCGGGGACUCCACGGUGGGCAAGUCGUGCCUCCUGCACCGCUUCACCCAGGGCCGCUUCCCAGGGCUGCACUCCCCCGCCUGCGACCCCACGGUUGGCGUCGACUUCUUCUCGCGCCUGCUGGAGAUUGAGCCGGGCAAGAGGAUCAAGCUGCAGCUCUGGGACACGGCGGGGCAGGAGCGCUUCAGAUCCAUAACUCGAUCCUAUUACCGCAACUCAGUUGGUGGAUUUUUAGUAUUUGACAUUACUAACCGACGGUCUUUUGAACAUGUGAAAGACUGGCUAGAAGAAGCGAAAAUGCACGUACAGCCUUUUCAUAUCAUCUUCCUACUGGUGGGACAUAAGUGUGAUUUAGCUUCACAGCGCCAGGUGUCAAGGGAAGAAGCCGAGAAACUGUCCACAGACUGUGGAAUGAAGUACAUAGAAACCUCAGCCAAAGACGCUACAAAUGUGGAGGAGUCCUUCACAAUCUUGACAAGAGACAUCUAUGACCUUAUUAAGAAGGGAGAGAUUUGUAUUCAGGAUGGCUGGGAAGGGGUUAAAAGUGGUUUUGUUCCAAAUACUGUGCAUUCUUCUGAGGAAGCCGUGAAGCCCAGGAGAGAGUGCGUCUGCUGACUUCAACAUGCCAAAGAACUAUCGCAGACAGGCCAUGACGCUUCUGGAUAAGAGUCACCAUGUACAGCAGAAUGGCGCAAGGAGUGAACAUCUACAAAACAUCCAGACCCACAGACCCACGGUAGCACCGUCAUUAGCUGCCGGAUACAGGGCUCUGUGCUCACCAGUCACAUGCUAACAGCUAGGGGAGUUGGCUGAGCUAUGAGGAAAAGAAGGCAACUCUUUUCCUGAAACCAGCGUCUACAAGAUUACAUCCAUUCUCACUUUCUUAGCAUAUAGCAGACCUUAGUGUCCAGAUAUGUCAGUAUUAUUCAUCUUUCUUGACAGUUGUAAAUGGAUUUUUUUGUAUACACGUAGUCUGGCUGAAAUAAAUGUAUCAGGAUUAUA